AGGCAGACGUGAGGCUCCGCCUCCUCCUCAGGGAGAGUUUCUCCUGGUCCCAAGGAGUCUGGAAUAAAGUUCUUCAGUCGCACCGGAUGAGCGAAGAUGAAUGAGGACGCGUUCGAGGUCCCGCAGAGGGCGGAGUACCGCUACCUGGUGCAGGAGGAAGAGGAGGAGGAGGAGGUGCAGUACGUCCGUCACAGACACUACAUCAGCCCCCUGCUGGUGCUCUCCAGGCGCUGCGUGCUGCUCAUCGGCCUGGCCGUGGGCGCCCUGCUCUCGCUCGCCGCCUACCUGGGCUACGUGGCCCAGACGCUGCCGCCGGGCGUCGCCCAGGUGACCACGGACUGCGGCCAGUUCCGAGGGAGACACAGAAAUGGAGCCUACUCCUUUAAGGGCGUCCCCUACGCCGCUGCGCCCGUGGGCGACCUGCGCUGGGCGCCUCCGGCCGAGCCGGCGUGCCAGGCUGGCGUGAUGGACGCCGGACGCUUCCGCGCCGUUUGUCCUCAGGUGCGCCCUCCGUCCGGCCGGGUGACGGGGCAGGAGGACUGCCUCUUCCUCAACGUGUGGACCCCCACGCUGGCGCCCGGCGCCAAGCUGCCUGUGGUGCUGUGGAUCCACGGGGGGCGUCUGCACACGCUCAGUGGGGGGGAGCCGGGAUUCUCCCCCACGGAGGAGCUCGCCGCCGACACCGAGGUGGUCUACGUCAGCCUCAACUACCGACUCAACGCCUUCGGCUUCCUGGCUCUGGAGAUCCUGAGAGAAGGUUCUCCAAAGAACACCUCAGGGAACUACGGCUUCAUGGACCAGAUCGCUGCUCUGAAGUGGGUCCAGAGGAACAUCCACGUGUUCGGAGGAGACCCCGAGAGAGUCACCAUAUUGGGACAGGGCUCUGGCGGGACGUCGGUUUGGACCCUGAUGACGUCGCCGCUGGCGAAGGGUCUGUUCCACGCGGCCGUGGACAUGAGCGGCUCGUCCGUCCUCGACGCGUCUCUGGAGCGAGCCGAGGACGACAACCUGGUGUUCCUGAAGAGGACGGGCUGCAGGGACCGGACCUGCCUCCGGCACCUGUCCGUCAAACAAGUCCUACAGGCCAUCCCAUGGCAGGACUACCCUUCCUGGGCCGCAGAAGACUGGACUGAUCUCCCCACCAGGGGGCGCUUUGCGGGCCCAGUGGCCGUGGUGGACGGUUACGUGCUGGACGCUCCACCCUUCCAAGUGUGGGAGAACAAAGGAGGCCACAGCGACGUUCCCUUUGUCGUCGGGACAACGGAGCAGGAGGUCGACUUCAGCCCGGCGGCAGCCAACAUCUCCAUGUGGACCUGGGGGGACUACCAGUGGUUUGUGACAGAUAAACUUAAGGCUUUCAGCGGGAAUCUCCCCAAAGAAGCGUUGAAGCUUUAUCCGAGCUCCGCCCUCUGCCCCACCGCGGACCGCUGUCCGGAGAGGGCCUACACCACCAUGGUGUCCGACAUCCGGGCCACCUGUCCCAGCAACGAGCUGGCCCGAAGGGCCGCAGCGGCCCUCCUCAGCCCAGUGUAUCGAUACGUGGUGACGCACACGCCCUCGGCGCCGGUGAACGAGUCCUCCGACCUGAUGCCGUUCGCCAGCCGCUUCUCCUUCCACCGCCUGGACGCCGUGACGCUCUUUGGCGGGCUGGAGAAUGUUCUGGGGAGACCCCCCUCCGAUCGGGACCGGAGCUUCAGGGACCUCCUCACGCGUCACCUGGUCCACUUUGCCAGGACAGGUAAGAUGAAGGAGGAGUGGCCAGAAUACCCAGCAGCCACUGCUCUCCUGUCCGACCGGCUGACCGCCGUCCAGAACUACUCGUCGGCUCGGUGUCGGCUGUGGAAGGAGAGCGGCAUGUCUGCGUACGCCUGGACCACCUGACCACCUGACAACCAGACCACCAGACUACCUGACCACCAGACAACCAGACCACCAGACUACCUGACCACCUGACAACCAGACCACCAGACUACCUGACCACCAGACAACCAGACCACCAGUCUACCUGACCACCAGACAACCAGACUACCUGACCACCAGACAACCAGACCACCAGACUAUCUGACCACCAAAUCACCAGACCAUCAGACUACCUGACCACCAGACAACCAGACCACCAGACUACCUGACCACCUGACAACCAGACCACCAGACUACCUGACCACCAGACAACCAGACCACCAGUCUACCUGACCACCAGACAACCAGACUACCUGACCACCAGACAACCAGACCACCAGACUAUCUGACCACCAAAUCACCAGACCAUCAGACUACCUGACCACCAAACCACAAAACCACCAGACUACCAGACCACCAAACCACCAGUGCACGAAACCACCAGACCACCAGACUACCUGACCACCAAACCACCAGACCACCAGACCACCAGACUACCAAACCACCAGACCACUAGACCACCAAACCACUAGACCACCAAACCACCAGACCACCUGACUACCAGACCACCAGACCACCUGACUAUUUGCCCACCAGACCACCUGAGCACCUGACUCACUCACUCGUUAAAGUUGCUGCUCUUUCCCCGAGGUGAUGUGAUGCAGCCAGACCCCCGUCCCACCCGGCAGUCUUUUCAAAAACUCACAAGCAGCAACUUCACGGGUUCAAGUUCAUUGAAUUGUGGAAAAUGUCUUUCUCCAUCUGAAAGCUUUGAGUCACGUUGUGUUGCAUGAAGACAACACAACGUGGCUGAAUAUUUCACUGAUUUUGUGUGACGCAAUAUAUUUCAGAACGACACUCCUUGGAAAAAGCCAAAAAUGUAAUGACGUCAUGUUUUCCUGUAAGACAACGGUUGGAAGUGGGCUGUUUGUUCUGUUUGAACGUGGAGAUCAGCUCCAAAUAUUCUUUGUUCCACUCGUUUCACUGAUCCGAGCUCUUUGUCCCCAGGAGUCACGCAGACUACCAAUGAAGAGGGAUAUUCUUUGAAAGUCACAGCAAUAGAGAACAUGGUGAUUUACAGACUUUUUAUGGGUCAGAGCCAUGUUUCCUCAUGUUAAUAUUUCACUGCACUCAUAGCCUAGUUUGUAGUGUGUCACCUUUUAGCAUUACGUUGUGUUGUGUUUUUAUGUGGCGACGUUAUAUCACUCGUUCAAUAAAUCGACACCACGUGA